AUGGCCUCGUCGGCUUCCCCCGCCUCGUCGAAGUCCGACGACGACAGGCGGCCGGAGGGAGAUCGCCACCCCCGCGGCGACCCGGCGGGGACCGCGGCGCAGACGCACGCGGAGUGGGCAGCUUCGAUGCAGGCGUACUACGCCGCCGCCGCAGCAGCCGCUGGUGGCCAUCCCUACGCCUGGCCCCCGCCGCCGCAGGGUUCUUGCGUCUACGGUGGUUGCCUGGUGGGGCAGCAGCAGCAACAGCACUUCAUGGCGGCGGCGGCGGCGUACGGCGCGCCGGUGCCGUUCCCGCUGUACCACCCUGCGUACUACGCGCACGCGUCCAUGUCGCCCGCGAGCGUGCCUCUCAUGGCUGGUGGCGCAUCUGCACCGGCGUCGGCGGAAGGGAAAAGCAAGAGGAAGAAUUCCGGCGGCCCCUCCGGCGAGGACUCAUCCGGGAGUGGUGAUGGAGGGAGCGAGGAUUCAUCCGACAAGAGAGAUGAUACUGACGAGAGGGGCUUGUCACCUGCAAAGUGGAGAAAAUUGAGCCAUGCAGACACAGAAGGUGAGACAUCUCAGGCUUCCAUGUCUGAGCAGAAUACUGCGAAGGCAGCACCGAAUUUGAAUAUCGGGAUGGAUAUUUGGAGCACUCCUCCAAUGGCCGCCGUGCCCUCGGGACAUGUGGACGUGAAUGCUGCGCCGGCGUCGAGACAAGACAAGGCUAUAUCUCAGAUGGAUGAACGAGAACUGAAGAGAGAGAGGAGAAAACAAUCUAACAGAGAGUCUGCAAGGAGAUCAAGACUACGGAAGCAGCAAGAAUGCGAGGAGUUGUCCCAGAAGGUAGCUGAACUGACAGUCGUAAACACUGCGCUGAGAACAGAACUCGACAAGCUUAAGAAAGACUGUGAAGACAUGGAAGCAGAAAAUUCGCAGCUAAUGGAUGAGAUGGCGCAAUCCGAGGGUUCAAGUGUUGUAACCACUCUGAGCAUCAAGAUUGACACACCAAAAGACCAUCGUGGUAGCAGUGCCCAGCUAAAUAAGCAGCACACAAAUGGCGACGGCAAAGGGUAGUUCGAGCUGAGAAACAUGAACCCAUGAACUAGUUUACUAAACUCUAUAGGUGAGGCCAUGAGAUGAUACGCUUUAGCUGCUUAUUAUUACACUGCUUUCUGGAGCUGCUGUCGUGUGAGAUAUUGAGAUUUCAUCUCCUCAUGCUUCGUGAGGAGCCUGUAAAUUUGCCAACUUGUACAGCCUGUUAUUAGUUAAGGCAUUAUCUAAAGAUGUGUUAUUAGUUAAGGAUAAUCCAUCAAGAAGUGUGUACUCCAAUUGAUAUUAUUUUACUGUAAUACCAAACACAUACGAGCUCUUGGCGAAAAUGGAGCAUUUUGAGGCGAUGAUUCAGUGAUAAUAUGGAA